GCUGCUGCUGCUGCGGUGUUUACUGAGCGCUCCUGUCCUGAUAUCACUCCGCUGGCAUGGAGGAGGAGGAGGUGGAGGUGGAGGAGGAGAGCAUUUGAUCAUUGUGAUGGUGGCAGGAGGAGCAGCAGCAAGCAAAGCAGAGCAAAGCGUUAGGCUGUAUCAGCUCGGCGUUUUGCAAAGACUUCAGAGCUCUACUUUUUUUCCAGCUCGGCCCGGAUUGUUCAUGUGUUUACUUCCCCCAGCCCGAGGAUUUGCUAUUUAGGUUCCUGUCGAAAUGCAACUGAGCAGCCAAAGUACUUUGCGAACGCGGUGCGGCAUAAACACCAAAACUUUUUUCUAGAAGGAAAAUACAAUAAGAAAGCGGCUUUGCCUGUCUUUUGAUGCCGGGGAGUGCGAGUGAGUGUGCCGUGUGUGCCCAGCGUGUGCUUGUGCUUGGAUGUGUGUGUGUGAACGUGUGUGUAUGUAUAUGUGUGUGCUUGUGGAGGAGCGCGUGUGUUUCUCUUUAUACAUGGGGAGAGAAGACUUUUGGCAAAAUCUCCGGAAAUCUCAUGGAACCUAUUUUGAAAUGAUGGAUUAUAAAAAAGAAAAAGGAGGAAAGGAACUGGUCUGAAUAUCUCCUGGAGUUUGCUACCCGAAUUGCUGCUGCUUAGUUUGUUGUGCUUUUUGUGUGUGUGUUUGUUGGUUGUGUUGCUGGUGAUAACCUUUUAGCACUUUCUUUAUUUCCCUCCCUCCCUCCCCCCCCCCAUUCUUUUUAAUGUUUUGGAGCUCCUCGAGAGGGAUUGGCUGUGGGGAAAGAGAAACAUUUGCUUGGGAUCGCUGUUUCCCUGAUCCAUGGUGGUGCCCCCUCCCCCCCCACCCCCCCCGGUUCUCUAAAAAGUAUCUCAUCAGGACCCCGGAGGAGACUGUGUGUGCGUGAAGGGUAGGAUAAAAAGUUCUUCCAAAAUAGUGUGCACGGGGAAGAGGAUGGGGGAUUUUGCAGCCCCCGCUGCCGCCGCGAAUGGCAGCAGUAUCUGCAUCAACAAUAACCUGAACAGCAGCCUCAGCGGGGCUGGCGGUGCCGGUAUCGGGGUUAACAGCACUCCCCACGGUCCUCCUGCCGCUGCUCCCGGUAACAAUAAUGCUAACAGCGGCGGCGGCAUUCCCAAGCACAGCACGGUGGUGGAGCGGCUGAGGCAGCGCAUCGAGGGCUGCCGGCGGCACCAUGUCAACUGCGAGAGCAGGUACCAGCAAGCCCAGGCGGAGCAGCUGGAGCUGGAGCGCAGGGACACGGUGAGCCUUUACCAGCGGACCCUGGAGCAGAGGGCCAAGAAAACGGGCACCGGCACCGGCGGUAGCAAGCAGCAGCAUCAGAGCAAACAGCAGCAAGAUGCCGAGCCUGCCGCGGCGGAGCAGAGGAACCACACUCUGAUCAUGCUUCAAGAGACGGUCAAAAGGAAAUUGGAAGGAGCACGUUCACCUCUCAAUGGAGAGCAGCAGAAUGGAGUUUGCGAUGGGAGCUUUUCUCCAACCAGCAAGCGGAUACGGAAGGACGUACCAGGCAUUGAGGCAAUCAACAGCUUGCCCAAUAAUUUGCCUUUGCCCGCUGUUUCUCCUCUUCAACAGCUUGACAUGAAAGCUCCCCUGCCCCUGCAGAACAGUGGAACUCAUGGUAGUGGUCUAGAUGACUUGGGUAAAAAUGGUGGGCUUGCUGAGAUAAAGCUCCCUGUUAAUGGUUGCAAUGAGUUAGAUGACAGUUUUAACAUCCUGCAGAACAAGGAGCUAAAGCAAGAGCCUUUGGAUGACCCCAGCUGCAUAGACACUUCUGAAACAUCUCUUUCAAAUCAGAACAAGCUCUUCUCAGACAUUAACCUGAAUGACCAGGAGUGGCAGGAGCUAAUAGAUGAACUAGCAAACACUGUUCCAGAAGAUGAUAUACAAGAUUUGUUCAAUGAGGACUUUGAAGAGAAGAAGGAGCCGGAAUUUCCCAGGCCUGCAACAGACACGCAAGAGAAUGCAAGUGUGAAAAGCGAUCCAUCUCAUUCUCCAUUUGCUCAUGUCCCGCUAGGGUCUCCUCAGGUGAGACCUUCUUCUUCAGGUCCUCCAUUUUCAAAUGUUUCCACAGCUUCUAGCAUAGCUUCUGCGUCCAGCGCCCCGCCAGCUCCAGUCCCUGCCGGCUCACCAGCCAACUGUGUUGUUCAGUCCCCACAAACGCCCAGCCAGGCCCAUACUCCUGGCCAGACACAGAACCGGUCUGGAAAUGGCUAUCUCAUUAAUCCAGCAGCAGCAACUGUGCCAGGAUCAGGGCCUGGGCCAGUGAACAUACCCAGUGCUGACUUGUCUCCAGCCGAGCAGCUCAAGCAAAUGGCGGCACAGCAGCAGCAAAGAGCUAAGCUCAUGCAGCAGAAGCAGCAGCAGCAGCAACAGCAUCCAAAUCAAGCCUCAAGCUGGUCACCUGUGGGCCCUCCAUCUAGUCCAUAUGGAGGACCCUUCAGUGCAGACAAACCAAAUAGCCCCAUGAUGUAUCCCCAAGCCUUUAACAACCAAAACCCAAUAGUGCCUCCAAUGGCAAACAAUCCACAGAAGACCACAAUUAAUAACUACCUCCCUCAAAAUCACAUGAAUAUGAUCAGCCAACAGCCAAAUAACCUGGGCACAAACUCCUUAAGCAAACAGCCCAACAUGCUUUCUUACGGCAACACCAAACCUCUAACCCACUUUAAUGCUGAGCUGAGUCAGAGGAUGACCCCACCAAUGGCAAACCCCGGCAAGAACCCCAUGAUGCCGUACCUUCAGCAGCAGCAGUCCCCGCAGCCGCAGAUGCAAGCUCAGAUGGCGCACCUGAGCGAGGAACAGAAGCGCAUGCUCAUCAUGAAGCAGAAAGGCAUGAUGAACCAGCCCAUGGCAUAUGCAGCGCUUUCUUCCCUUGGUCAGGAGCAGCAUCAAGUGGGAAUGUCUCGGACCACAGGACCUAUGCAGCCUUCUGUCCCACCAGGCUCCAGCAGCGUGGUCACCGGCACAAGCUCUGGGGGUCCCUUCCUGGGAAACCAACCGCAAGCGGCCAUCAUGAAGCAGAUGCUAAUUGAGCAGAGAGCCCAGCUCCAUGUGAUAGAGCAGCAGAAACAACAGUUUCUAAGAGAGCAAAGGCAGCAGCAGCAGCAGAUCCUAGCAGAGCAGCAGUUGCAGCAGCAGUCACAUUUGCCUCGGCAGCACCUGCAGCAACAGCGGAGCCCAUAUCCAGUGCAACAGGUCAAUCAGUUCCAAGGUUCUCCCCAGGAUAUAGCAGCUGUGAGAAACCAAGCAGCACUUCAGAGCAUGAGGACGUCCCGAAUGAUGGCCCAGAACGCGAGCAUGAUGGCAAUGGGUCCCUCCCAGAACCCGAGCACGCUGCCCACGACCGCAGGCCAGUCAGACAUGGGCAUGGCUCCUUACAGCAACGCCUCUUCCAGCCAGCCGGGAAUGUACAGUAUGAGCACAGGGAUGAGCCAAAUGUUGCAGCACCCAAACCAAAGCGGCAUGAACAUGGCACAUAACGCAGGCCAGGGAACAAGGCAGCCUGCCUCGGGACAAGCGGUGGGAAUGGUCAGCAAUUUUGGUCAGAACAUGCUGGUAAACUCUGCUCUUCCCCAGCAUCAGCAGCAGAUGAAAGGACCUGUGGGCCAGGUGUUACCUAGGCCACAGGCACCACGCCUUCAAAACCUCAUGGGGACUGUCCCUCAAGGAACACAAAACUGGCAGCAGCGAGGCUUACAAGGUAUACCUGGAAGGACUAGCAGUGAAAUGGCGCCCUUCAAUAAUGGCACAACGUACCCAUUGCAAUCUGGGCAGCCACGACUGUCCAAGCAACACUUCCCACAGGGGCUUAAUCAGACAGUUGUGGAUACAAGUGGAACAGUAAGAGCCCUGAACCCAGCGAUGGGGAGACAGUUGCUGCAACCACUACCCGGGCAACAAGGAGCCAGCCAGGCCAGGCCGAUUGUAAUGCCUGCAAUAAACCAAGGGGUCCCCGCAAUGGCUGGCUUUAGUCAGCCUCCGACACAGCAAAUGCCAGGCGGUAACUUUGCUCAGAGCAGCCAAGGCCAGGCUUACGAGAGGAAUCCCACUCAGGACAUAUCUUACAACUACAGUAAUGAAGGAGCAGGCGGGUCGUUCUCGAGUUUAGCAGAGGGUGCAGACCUUGUGGACUCCAUCAUUAAGAGUGGACCAGGGGAUGAGUGGAUACAAGAACUUGAUGAGUUGUUUGGAAACCCCCAGUGAAUGGGCUUGUAUAGUCUGGAGCUUUGGUUGUUACAUUUGAAAAAAGAAAAGAGAGAGCUGGAUGUUCUCCCCAUGCUUGGAUUGCUGGGUUUUUUGUUUGAAUUGGUUUGGGGUUAUUGUUUUCUUUUGUUUUCAAUCGUGCAAACUGAUCUGAUUUGUAGCCAACUUUGGAAGACUCAGGUGACGAUGAAAACAUCGGCAUCCCAAGACUUCCACCGAGCAAUCUCCAUUGCAUGGCAGCACCUGCUGUGAGGCGGGGGCUGGAGGGGGAAACUGUAAAAGCCAGCUGAUGCCUCGGGUCGGGAAAAUUUGGCCUUUCCCCACUGAAACAAGGCUUCAUUGCACAGUGGUGUGGGGUGAUCCUGAUACCUCCUGCCUCAUGCAACUGUAAACACUGCAGCUUUCAGGGGAGCAGAUGAAAACAGCUGGGAGCAAAGUCUAAAGAUGUCCCUGGGUGAUUGCACAGGCCCUGGUGGGAAAUGGGUUUAACCCUGGGAUUAAGCAGGUCUCAGUGAGCCACAGCAAGGCCACAGGGCUGGCUCUAGGCUGUCACAAGGGAAUGUGUAGCACACACCUGACAAACCUAAACAGUCACAGGGAGGUCACUAUUUUCACUGCAGAGGGAUAAAAAUCUAAUAAAAGUGUAGGAGAAUAUAAAUAUGGCUGUGUGGUGGGGACAGUUUGACUAUGGGACUACUGCUGGAGACGGCUUAGGUGGGAGGGAUAUCUUAAUGAGCUAUUUUAGUCCCUUUGGGACUUGCAGUAGCACUUCCCUGUCAGAGCAGUUUGGUGUGUAUCUGCUGCCUGGGGUGCAGAACAACAGCUACAAGUGGUGUUAAAAAGCUGAGAGGUACCAAGAGACAUCAGCGUAGGUCCUAAGCAGGUCCCUCUAUCACCUUACUCCUCGGUAUGUUUCCAGUUCACUGCCUUCCCCUCCUAUCCUUCAGUGUAAAGCAAGGCAAGCUCGCUGGGCUUUGUUUCAGCUGAGCAACAACUGCCACAAAGGGGCAGGCAGGAGAGGAGAAAACAUGCAUGAGAAAACAUACAGGGAGGGUUUGGCAUGCAGAAUGCGUUUCUUCUCUCCUCCUGAAAAGUGCGGGGUUGGCAGCUAGUGUUACCCUGGAGCGUCUGGGCUCUCUGUGUGACAUUAUAUGCAACCUGAUCCUCAGUUUUAAACAGAUGUUUGGUCUAAUCUCUCUGGUUUGCUGGGACAAAAUUCACUGCAGUAUCUGAAGCACAGGAAGCAGUGAAGGACUACUGUAAAGAUCAUUCAUGAAUGGGUAAAAUAAUUGAUGUACUUAUUACAAACCUGGGGUCUGCCCAAAUAAGCUUUUAGGUAAUAGCGACAUAUCAGUAUCUCCACUGUGUGGACCAGUGCUGAGCAGCACUGUAAUGAAGUUAUGAUACAUCUUGCACAACAUUGAGAUGCCAGCCAUUCUGAAUGUCUAAAGCAGCGGUUCCCAAGCUGCAAUCUGAGGCCGAGGUAAGGUGUUCUCUGAAAACUAUCACCUUUCUAGUGUUUUCAGCUGAGAGCUGCUUAUCAGGGUAUACAGUGGUGCAUUAAAAAAUGUUAACAUGAUUCACAGUCCAAAAUGUUUGGGAGCCUCUGGCCUAAUGCUAGCCUCUGUGAGCCAUAAGAAGUGCUCUGUAGUGAAAGUAUCUCUAGUGUACAAGUACUAGCUACCCAAGUACAGAUUACCUCCUUGUGCACUGCUUUCCUUGGGCCCUGUGGUGUGGGGUGCUGAGCUGCUGAAACCCACGGGAGCUGAGGGGCUUGGCACCUUGCAUUUUCAAGGCCUGCCUUUCCCUACGGAGCACAGAUAUGCACCGCAUUAAGGAGUGGGAGCAAAAUGGGCCUGGGAUCGUGUCAGUACCCGAUUAUGGUUCCCUUUUGUGCAGUUAAGCCCUUGCAGGACUUACCUAGACCAGGGGAAGUACCUGUUUGAAAUGCUAUCAUGUAGGCAGGACAAGGUGCAUUUUUAACCUGCAAUAGCUGCUCAAGGUGAGCUAUCAAUCCAGUUCACCCUGACUCCUGAAUUAUGUAUUUUUUUUAAAUGCUUUAGUUACACCUCUUUUAGCCAAUCCCUUUUUAAAAUACAGUGCAAGGACCUAUUCCCAUUCCUACUGAAGACAAUAAGGGGUUGCCUGCUCGCUGCUUCAGCAGGAGCCAGGUUGGGCCCUAAUUCAGUGGCAGGGAGCACCAGCCAAAGUUUUCGGUCCGUCUUGUGUGUAAGUGGUUCUUGGCCGGACCAGCCUGAACAGAAGGGAUAGGCAAACAGUGGGACAAAUGGUACCCCGAAGGGACGAGGGUGUCGUGCGUAUGCGUGUCUGUGUGAGCGUGUCUGAGAGCACCAGUGGGCCAGGCAGCAACGAGCUGGUGCAUCACGUACCUGUCCUGCCCCACUCCGCAGAGCCACACGGGGCUGGGGGACAGUGGUGCAGCCACCCUGCCUCGGGUGCCAGGGACCGGGCAUCGCCCGCCAGCGCACAGCUGGGAAUCACCGCGCAGCCACCAAGUGCAAGUCCAUGUGGAUAAAUGGUGACGAAGACUGAGUCUCUCUUGUCUUUGUAAAGCUUCCUCCAAAUACUCCAUACUGGGACCAAGUACUAGAGAGGUAGAUUUUAAUAGUUUUGGGGUUGGGGUUUUUUUUGUGUGUUUUUGUUUUUGUUUUCUUUCUUUCUUACUAUGGUGCUGAUGUAUAUGUAAUGUUAAAAAAAAAGUUAUUUGUAAAUAUGUUUUUACGAUUCUACAGAUAUCACUGGGUCUACUAUCUGUAAAAAAUAUACAUAUAAAAAUAUAUAUAUAUAUACUGUUUGUUUAAAAUAGAGUAUUUUUAUUUCAUUCCUUAACUCAUCCUUACUGCAGUGGUAUUGCACUUCAGAUGACAUCUGAUUACUAAUUUGUACUGUAUCCCUGACAGCGACUUGCUCCAUUUUAUUCAGAUUUUUCUAGUUUUCUGGUUUUACUUUGUACAUUAAGCAUUGCUUAUUUCCUUUUAAGACCUGUACAGAGCUCUGAAAAUGUAGAAAAAGUCCUGAUGUUAACAUACCACUUUUAAAGACAAACAAAAGCAAACAAACAAACAAACAAACAAAAACCCAAAUAAAAGAUGGUUAUCUGAGUCAUA